AUGACCAAAACCACCACCACCACAACCCUCCUCCCCAACAUCUCUGUGACCAAAACCACCACCACCACCACAAUCAUCAUCCUCAACAUCACUGUGACCAAAAUAAUCACAACCACCACCACAAUCAUCAUCCUCAACAUCAUUGUGACCAAAUCAGCCAUCACUACCACCACCACCACCACAAUCAUCCUCCUCGACAUCACUGUGACCAAAAUAAUUACCAUCACAAUCAUCAUCCUCUACAUCACUGUGACCAAAACCAUCACAACCACCACCACAAUCCUCCUUCCCAACAUCACAGUGACCACCGCCACAAUCCUCCUUCCAACAUCACAGUCACCACCACCACCACAAUCCUCCUCCUCAACAUCACUUCACCACCACCGCCACAAUCAACCUUCCCAACAUCACAGUCACCACCAAUCAAUCAUCCUCCCAACAUCACAGUCACCACCAAUCACAUCCUCCUUCCCAACAUCACAGUCACCACCACCGCCACAAUCAUCCUUCCCAACAUCACAGUCACCACCACCACCACAAUCCUCCUUCCCAACAUCACAACACCACCACCACAAUCAUCAUUCCCAACAUCACAGUCACCAAAACAAUCACAACCACCAUCCACAAUCCCAACAUCCUCAACAACAUCACCGCCACAAUCCUCCUUCCCACAUCACAAUCACCACCACCGCCACAAUCCUCCUUCCACCAUCUGCAAUCACCACCCCACAAUCACUGUUCCCAACAUCACAGUCACCACCACCACAAUCCUCCUUCCUUGACAUCACAGUGACCAAACCACAAUCCUCCUUCCCAACAUCACAGUCACCACCGCCACAAUCCUCCUUCCCAACGUCACAGUCACCACCACCGCCACAAUCCUCCUUCCCAACAUCACAGUCACCACCGCCACAAUCCUCCUUCCCAACAUCACAAUCACCACCACCACCACAAUCCUCCUUCAACAUCACACUCAAUCACCACCGCCACAAUCGACAUCACAGUGACCAAACAAUCCUCCUUCCCAACAUCACAGUCACCACCACCGCCACAAUCCUCCUUCCCAACAUCACAGUCACCACCACCACAAUCCUCCUUCCCAACAUCACAGUCACCACCACCGCCACAAUCCUCCUUCCCAACAUCACAGUCACCACCGCCACAAUCCUCCUUCCCAACAUCACAGUCACCACCACCGCCACAAUCCUCCUUCCCAACAUCACACUCACCACCACCGCCACAAUCCUCCUUCCCAACAUCACAGUCACCACCACCACAAUCCUCCUUCCCAACAUCACAAAUCACCACCACCACCACAAUCCUCCUCCCAUCCUCAACAUCACAAUCCUGACCAAAUCACAAUCACCACCACCGCCACAAUCCUCCUUCCCAACAUCACAGUCACCACCGCCACAAUCAUCCUUCCCAACAUCACAGUCACCACCACCACAAUCCUCCUUCCCAACAUCACAACCACCACCACCACAAUCCUCCUUCCCAACAUCACACUCACCACCACUGUCCUCCUUCCCAACAUCACAAUUACCACCACACAUCAUCCUUCCCAACAUCACAGUCACCACCAAACAAUCCUCCAUCCCAACAUCACAAUCACCACCACCGCCACAAUCCUCCUUCCCAACAUCACAAUCACCACCACCACCACAAUCCUCCUUCCCAACAUCACAUCACCACCACCACCACAAUCCUCAUUCCCAACAUCACAAUCCUCCACCACUGACACAAUCACCUUGA